CGCCUGCAACUCUGAUGGAUUAGGACCGGGAAAUUGAUUGAUACGAGGGAAUUUAUGUUGGCAACACAAGCACAACGUGUUAGAAUUUUCUCCACUCUCAGUCAGCCAUGGAGAGCUCUUUCUUUCGCUCCCUCUCCACACCACAGCUCCGCGUUCAUCUGGCAUGGAGGAGAGUUAUAAAGAGAGCUCCAUGACAGCGACCAAGGAAGAAGAAAGGAACAAAAGAUGCGGGCUUGGACUUAAACCACUACUGAUCCACCUCUCUGGGUUGUUAAUGGCGGGUUUGCUCAAUCCAUAGCUGCUGGACACACAAAAACACAAAACUCAUUCUUUCUCUCUCAAGCGCACACAUUCUUUCUCACACUCAAAGAGCGGAAGUCUAGAGAGAGUGAGGGAGGAAAAAGAGAGCGACUUUGCAUAGUAGGCUGAGUACUUACUGCUCUUUCUGGUGCCAGAGAGAAUUUUUUGAGACUCCAAGGCAGGAUGGAUGGAUAGAGAAGGGCGAGCAACAGCUCCACGUCCAUGUUGGAGUUUUUAUUCCUUGGACUGCUCAUCCUUGUUCUUGUUCUGCCGCUGGCUGUGCACAGGCGGCUGGCCGAGGAAUAUCGACAAGAGGGAUGUGAGUGAAAGGCGAGAGAGAGAGGAAUUCAAGGACGUGUCGACAAAAUGCCCGCCUCUCGGAUUCAUGGAGCUGCUGCUGCUCCCUUCUUCCAUUCUCUCACAUUCUCAUUUUUCAUUCAAGGCCGCCAAUUCAUGAAAGAGGAGUACUGAUCCAAGGAUAGAGAGGGAGAUAGAGAGAAAGCGGAACAAGAACACACACAAAGCAAGGAAGAAAAGUGAGCGGUUGUGAAGAAUCCGAAGGUGGUUCGUCCGCUAUCUUCACUGCAUGUUUUUAAAAUGGAGGAAGUUCUCUUGUUUCUAGUGAGAGAGGAGAGAGAGAGAGAGAAGUGAUUGAUUGAUCUUUAAGGUUAGCGCCAACUUAAGCUGGCUGGGAUCGAGGGGUAUCUUUGACAGAUAGCUCGGAUAGAGAGGAGGAUUUAGAUGUGGGUGAAGAUGAGCUACCAGCGGCAGCAGCAACAGCAGCUCCAUCACUUCGAGCUCAAGCAGCAGCAGCAGCAGCAAGAGUUUGUGCAUCACCACCAGUUUGGAAACCACCAACAUCAUGGGGAGCUCAAGAACAAUACACAAAGGCGAGAAGUCGAGGAUGAUCAUCUUCGAGAGCGCGAGCGAGAGGGCUAUAUGGUGAUGCCACUCGGGGUGUCGGAGAGAUUCAAGCUGGGUUUGGGGCAUCAGCAGGCACCGGCAAUCGUGUCCACUCUCCCCGUCGCCAUUCCCUUCAUGGAGGCCUCGUCUCGCGGGGCGCUCGUGAGGAGCGGUCUAAAGCUCAGCUCCUCGUCGCCACCACAGCUAGCGGCGUUGAUGGCGAAUCCAAAUCCAAGUCCCACCACCAUUGUCAGCAGCAGCAGCAGCGCAAGCAGCAGCAGCGGCCGGGAAUUCGAUCUCUGCUAUAGCAAUUGGCUGCCGUUCGCAAGAUUGCAGCAGCAAGCUCCCCAGGAGCUGAAUUUGCUAGCCAGAGACGACGAUGGCGAGUGCUGUCCUCCCUGCGACGCUUCCCAAGAAGAAGAAGAGGAAGACGAACAAGAUCUCCGACAAGACGAACAAGAUGGCACUGCUGCUGCCCAAGACAAAGAAGACAACCAUGUUCGAGAUCGUCAGCUCGUCGUCACAACAAAGCCCAUUCCAUUUUGGAGCCUGGCUACCAGCGCUUCCGCCGGAUCCACCAUCACCACCACGGAGGAGGAGGAGGAGGACACCAUACCAUACAAGCUCCAGCAGCAUCGCCACCAACCAGUCAUGAUCAAGACUGCAAUCUUGCCUGUCCAGUCCGACGAUUCAUCGUCCUCGUCGUCCGACUCGGAGAGCGAGCAAGGCCAAGAUCCCAGUGGUGGUGACAAGAUGGUGGUGAGCAGUAGUAGCAGAGGCAGCUUGGGGGUCAUGGCAAUAGCGCCACCACCGCUCCAAAUCAGCAGCAAUGGCAGUUUCCAAGGUGGUGGAUAUGGAUAUCAGUAUGAUCAUCAUCGAGGAGUGGGCGCUAGUCCAGGUGGAGUGGCGAGCAGCAGCUGCAGCUCCGGGAACAAGCAGAAGCAGAAGGAGAACCAGACGGUGCCCGUGUACAAGGAGCAGCUGCUGCGGGAGUCGAGAUCUCGUUUGCCACACGGUCACUACUGGAUACCAACGCCCGCGCAGAUUCUCGUCGGCCCGACGCAGUUCUCGUGCCCCGUGUGCAGCAAGACCUUCAACCGCUACAACAACAUGCAGAUGCAUAUGUGGGGGCAUGGAUCCCAGUACCGCCGCGGCCCCGAGUCACUGCGCGGCACGCAGCCCACCGCAAUGCUCCGGCUGCCCUGCUACUGCUGCGCGGUGGGAUGCCGCAACCACGUCGACCACCCGCGAGCCAAGCCCCUCAAGGACUUCCGCACCCUCCAGACGCACUACAAGCGCAAGCACGGCAUCAAGCCUUUCCCCUGCCGCAAGUGCGGCAAACCGUUUGCCGUCCGCGGCGACUGGCGGACGCACGAGAAGAACUGCGGCAAGCUGUGGUACUGCAUCUGCGGCUCCGACUUCAAGCACAAGCGCUCGCUCAAGGAUCACAUCCGCGCGUUUGGGCUCGGGCACGCCGCGCUGGCCGACGCCGGGGCCGACGCUGGAAGGCGUGCGGCUGCGGCUGCGGCUACUGCAGCCGCCGCGGUUACCACCACCGCCACCACCACCACCACAGCGUCCGACGAUGACGACGAUGGCGACGAGCAAGACGAGGACGAGGUAUCUGUGGUCAGCUAGCCAUUAGAGCACUCCUUUACGAUGAUCCUACUACGCUUACCUGGAUUUUUUCCUUUUCCUUCUCGGCUUCCUUGUGGUCGCUGCAAGAAAGCGGCCUUUACUCCCCCCUUAAUUCUACAGAACAAGAAAGGAACUUUUGUGAGCA